AUGGCCAUCCAAGAGAGCUCCGGCCUGAGCUGCCUGUACGAUGCCGUCGUGGUGGGAGCAGGGAUCCAGGGCUGCUUCGCCGCGUAUCACCUCGCCAAACGCGGGCAGAGGACCCUCCUGCUGGAGCAGUUCCCUCUGCCCCACACGCGAGGGAGCUCCCAUGGGCAAAGCCGCAUCAUCCGCAGUGCCUACCCCCAGGAUCACUACGUGGCCAUGGUGAAAGGGGCUUAUCGGCAGUGGGCAGAGCUGGAGGCCAAGGCUGACACCCCACUCCACAGACCAACCCCGAUGCUGGUUCUGGGGCAGGAGCAGAACCCAGAGUUCCAGAGCUACUGGCAAGCCAUGCGACGCCUUCGUGUCUCCAGUGAAGUUUUCACUUCCCACGCCCUGGCCCAAAAGUACCCGGCGAUCCGUCCUCACGCUGGGGAGAUGGCUGUGGUUGACCUGACGGCAGGUGUGCUGUACCCUGACAAGGCACUGCGAGCUGUCCAGGAGCAGUUCCUGCGCAGUGGAGGAACCGUGCAGGAUGGUGCCAAAGUCCUCAGCAUCCUUCCUGGGAAUCCGAUCACUAUAACAACCAACCGAGGGGAGUACCAGGCAAAACGCCUUGCGGUCACGGCAGGCCCAUGGACCAGCCGCCUCCUGUCUCCACUGGGACUGGAGCUGCCUCUCCAGCCGCUGCGCAUCCAUGUCUACUACUGGCGGGCAAAAGGUCCUGGCACUCACGUGGAGCAGCUACCUUGUUUUCUGAGCAUAAACCUCAACCAGAACGUGCGCCACAUCUAUGGGUUGCCAGCUGACGAAUACCCAGGCCUUGUCAAGAUAUGCUAUCAUUAUGGAAGCCCCGUGGACCCCGAUCAGCCAGAUCAACUGGACCGGGCUUCUGCCGUGCCCGACCUCCAGAUCCUCCAGGAUUUUAUCAGGAACUAUCUGCCGGGGCUCGAUCCUGAACCAGCUGUGCAGGAGAGCUGCUUGUAUACGAAUACUCCCGAUGAGGACUUCAUCCUAGAUCGGCACCCACAAUUUAGCAACAUUGUUAUCGGGGCAGGAUUCUCAGGCCAUGGGUUCAAGUUUGCCCCUGUCAUCGGAGAGAUCCUUUGCAAGCUGAGCCUGGGGGAAGAGCCCCCUUACGAUCUGGCGCCCUUCCGGAUACGCCGCUUCCCCGCCUCCCCCAAAUCCACUCUGUGA